AUGAUUGUCCAUACUGGUGAAAAGUCUUAUUCAUGUGAGCAUUGCUCAAAGUCAUUUGCUAAUGCUUCAGGCUUAAAGUCGCAUUUGAGAGUCCAUACUGGUGAAAAGCCUUAUUCGUGUGAGCAUUGCUCAAAGUCAUUUUCUCAAGCUUCAUCUUUGAAGACACAUUUGAGAGUCCAUACUGGUGAAAAACCCUAUGCCUGCAACUAUUGUUCAAAGACAUUUGCUAACGCUUCAGGCCAAAAGAUACAUUUGAGAGUCCAUACUGGCGAAAAGCCAUACUCGUGCGAAUCUUGUUCAAAGUCAUUUUCUCAAGCUGGACAAUUAAAAAUGCAUAUGAAUACCCAUACUGGUCAAAAGCCGUUUCCUUGUGAACGCUGUUCGAGGGCAUUUUCUCAAAAAUCCUAUUUAAAGAUCCAUAUGAGAAUCCAUACUCGUGAGAAACCUUACUCGUGCGAUUGCUGUUCAAAAACAUUUUCGCAGACUUCAGCUUUACUGAUACACAAGAGAGUCCACACUGGCCAAAAACCGUAUUCUUGCGAGCAGUGCUCCAAAACCUUUACUCAAUCUUCACACUUAACGACUCACAUGAGAGCGCACGCUGGCAAAAAACCAUAUCCUUGUGAAAACUGUUCAAAGGCGUUUUAUACCUCUGCAGCUUUGAAGAAGCAUUUAGAAGUACAUGCAGAAGGAAAAUCUCAUUCUUGUGAUGUUUGUUUCAAGAAAUAUUCCAGUGCUUCACAUUUAAAGAGACAUUUCAGUGUCCAUACUGAUGCUGGCAAAAAGCCAUUUUCUUGUCUUUGCUGCUUAAAAACAUUUUCUGCGGCUUCAGCUUUGAAGAGUCAUAUGAGAGUGCACACUGGUGAAAAGCCAUUUGCUUGCGAUUAUUGUUCAAAGGCCUUUUCUCAAGCUACAUUGCUAAAGAAUCACAUGGUAGUUCAUUCUGGCGAAAAGCCGUUCACUUGCGAAUCCUGCUCAAAGUCAUUCGCUUUAGCUUCACAACUAAAGCAACAUAUUAAUGGUCAUACUAGCAAAAAAAACUAUUUGUGUGAAUGCUGUUCAGCGGCGUUUUCUCGUCCUUCAACUUUAGAGAGUCACAUGAGAGUCCAUACUGGCGAAAAGCCAUAUUCAUGCGAACAUUGCUCAAAAAUUUUUCACAAAGCCACCCUCUUAGAGAGACACAAGAGAGUCCAUACUGGCGAAAGACGCUACUCAUGUGAAGUUUGUUCAAAAAAAUUUACAUGCAAUGGGCACUUAAAAAGACACUUAAGGAUCCAUACUGGCGAAAAGCCCUAUUCGUGCGAAUCUUGUUCAAAGUCAUUUUCUAACUCUUCAGCUUUAAAGGCACAUUUGAGAGUUCAUACGGGUGAGAAGCCGUACUCGUGCGACAGCUGUUCCAAGGCAUAUUCUGACCCUUCCAAAUUAACGGAACAUAAGAGAAUGCACACUGGUGAACGGCCGUUCUCGUGCGAAUAUUGCUCAAAGUCAUUUGCUCGAGUUAAUAUCUUAAAGAGGCAUAGGAGGAUCCAUACUGGCGAGAAGCCAUAUUCUUGCGACAAUUGUCCGAAGGCAUUUUCUGAUUCCUCGCAACUAAAAAGUCACAUGAGGGUCCAUACUGGUGAAAAACCGUUUUCAUGCGAGUAUUGCGGAAGGAAGUUUUCUCAGUCAGGCCACUGGAGGACGCAUUUGAGAGUCCAUACGGGUGAAAAGCCAUACACGUGUAAAUCCUGUUCCAUGCAGUUUUCUCACUUCUCCUCGUUUCAAAAACACAAGAGGGUUCAUUCUGGUGAAAAGCCAUUUGCUUGUGCAUACUGUUCAAAGGCAUUUGGUCAGUCUUCAAAUCUAAAGACUCAUAUGAGAAUCCAUACUGGCCAAAAGCCAUUAAUCUGUGAACAUUGUUCAAAGCGAUUUGCUUAUGCUACAAGCUUGAAAGUUCACAUGAAAGUUCAUGCUGGUGAAAAACCAGAUUCUUCUUAA